AUUCGCCGUUUUAAGGGAGGUUAUGUUAUGUUCUUGGCUGGGAGCAGUUGCCAGGCAACCAUAUGGGACAUCAGAUAGUCACUGCUCCCGACCAAGCUAAGCUAAGGUAACUGUUUGCUAUAUAUAGACUACCAAACAGAUGCCAGAGUGGUAUCAACUUUCGGCAAGAAAGGAUAGGUGUAUUUCCUCAAAUGUCCUUUCUCCCCUUUGAAUUGGACAGACCUGCAGGGAAGUUAUCAGAUUUAUAAUAUGGCAAUGCCUUUCCCUCCAUCCUUUCUUCAUUCUUCUUUCACUUCCCUCUGCAGUUGACAAAAGUGGUACUGCCAGGAAGGUAUCAAAUUCAACAUCAAUAUAGGCUACCUUUCCUCUCCUCCUUUCCCUCCAGGCCGACUAGCCACCUCGGUGCCUCUCUGGAAAAAUCAGCCCUCGCUGACUCCGCCCCUCAAUUUCAGAUGUGGAUGCGAGAAAAAAGGCCAGCAACAGUGUGUCAGACAACACAGCCCCUGCGCUCCGCUCCGCGUAGUACUUUGCUGAGGUCGUAGAGCAAAGACGAGCCCGCAUGCUCGCUGUGGAGAAGGCGAACAGGAGCAAAAAUGGACCGCCGGACAGCAGCAUCCAGCGUGAACCGACACAGUUUUUAAGGGUCCGGUUAUAUCCUGGAGGACGCAUGGACAUGAAGAAAUAGAAGCAUCAGUUGAGGCCCUCCAGCUCACCUCUGGGCUAAGUCCUGGCCGUUGGUUGUUGGUGGGCCAGCUGAACAGGCGUGUAUGUGAGUGAAAAGUAAUGAAGUCCAGUAUGAGGCAAUGGCGGAGGCUGGUGCUGGUGGGAAUGCUGGCCUGGGUUCUCCUCUUCCUCGCCCUCCUCUCUUACUUCCUGGAUGCCCGUGUCAAUGAGCCCCUGACCUCUACUGGCUCUUUACUCUCCCAGCACCCAGACACCCGUCGCCUGUCCUCUAUACAGGCCUCCCAUCAACAGCAUGCCAACCUGGGCUUCCGGCCUGAACUGGCUUCCACCUUAACUACAACCUACCCCAGAGAUGAGCCAGAGCCGGAGCCUUCUACCAGCUCCACCACCCCAGAGCUCAGCCUGGAGGUGAGUCACAGCCCCAACAGCGCUCCCUACGCCAUUUAUGGUAGUCAGGAGGCCAGCCACCAGGACUACCUGGACCAACAGAGCCUGGCCGCCUGGUCCUCCUUUGGCACAGAAAAUGUGGGUUCUCACUCAGACCCUGUAGUCCAGAGUCGUGAGAGAACUUCCCAGACCACAGAGUACCAGAACCAUGUCAGCACCACACGCUACCACGGUGGGGAGGAAGAAGACGACGAGAGGGAAAAUGAAGAACUAGGAAACAGAAUGAGGACUAAAGCAGGCAGGAGGGCCGGUGGUGACUCCUCUGAUCUGGAGGAAUAUUACUUCUCCAAGUCGGCCUCUGUGGUGCAGCGGCUGUGGCGGGGCCGUGUAUCCGCUGGCAUGCUGAGUCCUCGGCUUCAGCGCGCCAUGAAGGACUACGUGAGCGCCAACAAACACCAUGUUUCCUACAAGGGGCAUCGCAGGGCUGCCCAGAGUGCUAAGGAGCUGCUGUGUCAAAUGAAAGCCCAGGCCCGGCUGGCGACAGUGGACGGGUCAGAGAAGCCCUUCUCCUCACUCGGUUGGGCUCGUCUUGUGCCGUCUCUUCCCCUGGAGCACCUGUACAGAUGGCAGGACCAGAACAGCUUCAAGACCUGUGCGGUAGUCACCUCGGCUGGUGCCAUCCUGCGCUCAAGACUGGGCAAAGAGAUCGAUACUCAUGAUGCAGUUUUACGGUUCAACGCUGCACCUACAGAGGGAUACGAGAGAGACGUGGGGAACAAAACCACUAUCCGCAUCAUCAACUCGCAGAUUUUGGCCAAUCCUAAACAUCGAUUCAACACAAGCUCAAUCUACAAGAAUGUGACUCUGGUGGCCUGGGACCCUGCACCUUACACUGUCAACUUACACAAGUGGUAUGCCAGUCCAGACUAUAACCUGUUUGGUCCGUACGUGGAGCACCGCAAGCUCCAUCCUGGUCAGCCCUUCUACAUCCUUCACCCCAGCUACGUGUGGCGACUUUGGGAUGUGAUUCAGGGCAACACUCAGGAGAAUAUCCAGCCCAAUCCUCCUUCAUCUGGCUUCAUAGGCAUCCUCCUGAUGAUGGCGCUGUGUGAGCAGGUGCAUGUGUACGAGUACAUUCCCUCCAUGAGGCAGACAGACCUGUGCCACUACCAUGAACGUUAUUACGAUGCUGCCUGUACACUGGGUGCCUACCAUCCCCUCCUGUAUGAGAAGAGCCUGAUCCAGCGGAUCAACAUGGGACCCGAGAGUGACCUCAGGAGGAAGGGACGGGUCACUCUUCCAGGCUUCAGCACCGUUGACUGUGACAUCUGAGAUAUGAAACCUGACCCUCUGAGCCUGAACAAACACAUACACACACUCUGGCCUUUUCUGGCUGACUAAGAGAGAGGUGCAAUAAAGCCACUGGAGACAAGGAGGCUGGAGAUUAUAAGUUUAAAAUUAGAUCCAUGAAGAGCAUAAGCCAUAGCCCUCCAAGGAGGGGGAAACAUGGAGGCUUCUGAAAGAACUUGUCUUCAUUAAGAUGGUUUACUAGACCAGAGACUGGCAGGAAGUCUCCAAGAUGAAGAAAAGACAUUUCUCUCUGCUUUAGCUGAGCCAUGUUAGCUGUGGAGCUGACUAGGGUAGCAACAGAUCAUUGUUUUUAGAUAAAAAAAAAGUGAAUUUUCAAUAACUGGGUGUGUUUCAGUGGUGUAAACUCUGUGUUUUUCAAUAGUAUGGGCGGUUCUCCACUUCAAGGAAAUGCCACUGUUAAUGGUUUUUUACUGGUCCAAAGGUGAUGGUCCACUAAAUGUAAUAAAUGCAGCAUAAACUCACAAAUAUACCCAAAUUCACACAAUCACUUACAUAGAGCAGCAACACAUGCAGAAGAACGCGUAGUGUGAAAGAGAGUUUUAGUGUCUCCACAGAGACCAAGUCGAGCUGUCACAGCAGUCAUAUUACUGUAUAUUUCAUCGCUCUGCAGCAGGCGUUCCUGUUCGACAUUCCUCUUUCAUCUUGUGAAACCAGAAGUUGUGCUUCGUGUUGUCAUGAGGGGUUUAUUUCACACGACUGAUGUUGUUAAGCUUGAUGCUAAAUUGAACUCCUGUGCAUGCCAACUUGCUAGCUCACUACCACCAGUUUGUUUCUCCUUGUUCACAUAUUUAGGAUGAUUUCUCAUUCAAUGUCAAGAAGCCUGUCUCUCGGUUAAUAGCCCACAGGAAGGAAGGCACUGGUUGUCCUUUUUGGAUUCAUCCUACCUAUAGUAACAUUUUUUCUUUACUGACGCCGUAAUUAAAUCAAAGUAAAUGGGGCCAAAAUUGAUCUUUAGAAAAAAACGGUGCUCAGAACAGCUGUAACCCUGUGCCUAGUGGUCAACUGAACACUUUCCUCGGGUUGCCUUGUGACUGUUCGGAUACAUGCAGUACAUACUGUGGCAGGACUGCAGUAACGUGGAGUUAAAUUGCCGUGAGAGGUGUGGAGCAGUUGAUAUUGCUGAAGUGAGCUGUAUCAGGGGACUCUCAGCUCUUCCUCAGCAAUCACCAGCCCCUAUUUUUGACGGUCAGCUCACUCUUUAUUGAAUGUAAUUUUACCACUGCGUGUAAUGGCCAAUCCCUCCCUGGAGCACACCACUGCAGUAUAGUCUGCGUAUGUGCAGGGUUAUUUCUUUGUCAUGUAACAGCAUGAAGCUUAUUUCCUACAACUAUAAAUGUCUCAUAUUUCCUGAAGCCUCUUAAUAUUGGUCUGCCUAAUAUCGGAUUUGCUUUGUCUCCGGCUAGGAUGAUAUUUAUGUUUACAGUCAGUCAGUGCCACAUCUGCAGCAAGCUCUAGAGGUAUUAGUUCAGCGUGCAGAGGAGGAUCAGUUGUGAUUUUUGCUGCCGACAUUCAGUCAGAAAAAUCUUGCCUAUGACAGAGAUUUUUAUUGCUAUUCUACAAAAUAUUCUUGUGCCAUUGGUUGUAGUUCGUAAUAAAAUGUAAAAACUUGUCACAGAAA